AUGGUUAACCUAACUCUCCGAGUCCUCUCUCGUCCCGACACCGCGAAACUCCCUGUCAUCAUUCAAAACCUCGGUCUCGAAUACGACGAGAAAGUCCUCCCUUCGAUCGGUAACGAAGUUCUGAAAUCUGUUGUGGCGCAAUUUAAUGCUGAUCAGCUCCUUACUGAACGUCCUCAGGUUUCUGCCCUUGUUAAGGAGACUCUUGUCCGACACACGACCGUGUGUGGAAAUAAUGAAACUAAAACAAGUAGUAAUGUUUAUGAAGCGAAUGUUUAUGAAUUGCUGAGGAAUUUGAGUGUGUUGGCACCGAAAAACGGUGGAUUUUCUGUUGGGUUUGUUGAGAGGAAGAAUGUAACGGUGUAUGGUUUGGCUCAGUGUUGGAAGUUUGUUACUGGUGGUAACUGUCGGAGAUGUUUGGAGGAUGCGGUUACUAGGAUUGGUUCUUCGUGUAGGAAGAAAGAAGAUGGACGGGCUUUGAAUUCUGGUUGUUAUUUGAGGCAUUCACCAUACAAGUUCUAUAACAAUUCAAGUAGUAAUGAUGUUGCUGCUGGAAAUCGCGGACACCGAAAAAUGGCUAUAAUAUUGGCUGCAUCUUCUGCUGUCUUGGCUCUUCUUUUGGUUACUGCAACAAUGGGUUUCUUUAUAAGAAAGAAUGUAAUGAGGAAAAGAAGAGAGAGAAAACAAUUUGGGACACUUUUGGAUACAGUGAAUAAAUCCAAGCUAAAUGUUCCAUAUGAAAUUCUUGAAAAAGCAACAAAUUACUUCAAUGAUGACAAUAAGCUAGGACAAGGAGGAUCAGGUUCAAUUUAUAAAGGAGUUAUGCCAGAUGGUAAUACUGUGGCUGUUAAAAGGCUUAGUUUUAACUCGACGCAAUGGGUGGAUCAUUUCUUCAAUGAGGUUAAUUUGAUUAGUGGAGUUCAUCACAAAAAUGAUGAGAGAAGAAAGAAUACUUACACGUCGGAGUCACUCCGCCAACGCUUCAAUCGUGAUUCAGGAGAGAGUGACGUUGCUAUAUUGAUUUCCGAGGCUACUGCUGCGGCUGGGAUGGGGUUGGUUGAGCUUAGGAGGAUUGAAGCUUCCAGGGAAGUUGCUGGAACGCUUGCGAAAUCGCCUAAUGUUACUUAUCUUCCUGGUGGAAACAACAUGAUGAUGGCUCUUAAUCCUGCUGGUUGA